GGCGGGUGCGGCUCUAAGCGGUGAACUCUGUCCUCAUAAGUAAUUUGAUCCUGACUCUUGUCUUUAACCCGCUCAUCCUUGCUUCUCUGGUGAAAGUACUCAAUUUUUGAUAUUCCAGGGACUGCAAAAGAGGCUGUUGAGACUGUGGUCAUCUAUUUCGCAGUCAACUCACAAUCUAGCAACUACUACAACCAUCUAAUCUAGCUACAUCUACACAACUAAACAUGUCAAGCGUGGACUCAGACGACGAAGACUCGGCUUCAAUCGACCUCGAAGACUACAGAGACCUGAUUGAUGAGCACAUGCACAUGUCCACAAACUUCCUUCCCUUCAUCUACGUGCAACACCUACAAGUAAUCGAAGUCGUCGAACUCUACAUCCACCAACUCACCGUCGGCUGUCUCGGCGCCGACAACCCAGCUGAGGGAUCGAAGGGGAAGAAGAAAACGUGCAAAGCGAAAUUCUGCGCGUCCUCAGAGUGGUUCCAGAACUGGACGAGGACAAAAAAGUUGGAACCCUGGGCGAUCCGGCAGAUUGCGUGGAAACUGGCCGCGACGAAAGGCCAUUAUGGCAUCUGCGAGGGCGCUAUGAAAUGGCAUGAGGAAGCGGCGAAACGUGGUAGCAAAGCCGGGAUAGGCAAACCAGCAGACGAAGAAGAGCCCGACGCGGCGGCUGGGAACGAGGAGGGUGGAGAGAAAGCAGAGUCGGGAGCGGCGCUGCGCAAGUUCGUUUCAUUCCAGGCGCACAUGUUCUCACCAACGUCGGUGAAAGCUCGCAAGCCGGUGCCGUAUUACACCGGUCCGCUACUUUCAAACCUCACUGUUAUCGACGACAUCUUUGUCCUGCGCUGCCUCUACGACUCUUCAAACACCGGGGCAAACGGAUCCUGCUUCGCCUCCCUGCUUCACAUCUUUGCGCAUCCCGAGAGACUGCGCGAAUGCAUGAACUCCGGUCCAGAGAUGUUCAGACUCGUCUUCCGGCUCACCACCGACGUCUUCCCCGAUUCAGACUCUGAACACCUCGCCGAGGUCGUGCACUCGCUCGCCUACGGCAUGCGCCUCCUCAUCAGCCAGCAUGAGUGCAUGUACACGCCCCGCUCGCGCAACCCGCACAUGCUUGUGCUCAAAAAGCGCGGGCAGCAGUACACCGCUGCUGAACUCGAGUUCAUGCGAGGAUCGACCUCUGCGAUCGUGCGCGCGACCGCACUCGCGUCGUUGAUGCUCCACCGCUACGUCGCGCAGGUGGUGUCCCUCAGAGGCCGCGCCACCGUCGAGAUGUCUGCCGGCGCGGCGUUCCACGCUCUCUGGUCGCCCUGCAACGGCAUGUUUAGAGUUCUGUUUGUGGAGAUCAUGCGCGCAAUCACGCUGAACCCGAUGAUCCCGACAUAUUUCACCGAGGCGAUCGAGGGCGAUAUGAAGGAAGAGUGCAUGUUUGUGCUUGCCUGCUGGGCGCGCGCGUAUCUGGCGACGCACUGGCCGCGCGGAACUUACUCGACCACCGUCUCGCGCUCGAGCUCGCUGUUUUUCGCCAUGGCCCUCUGGCACAUCGUGCGCGCGCGGUGUCCGCGCGUGAAGCAGGACGUGCUGCCCUUCCGCCAGCUCGGCGAUCUGACGCCCAAGACGAUCUUCACCUCCCGCAACACGACGAUGCCGAUGCCGCCCGGCCAUGGCGCGCGGUCGAAACUCAAGGCGCCGUAUGUGCACGUGCUUGAGUUUGCGAGCCUGGUGUUUACGCUCAAAGCGCGCGUGGGGUUCCUGCGCAGCUACGCGCUGCGGUGUAUGGUCAAGGCGUUCCGCACCGGCGUGGUCAAGUCUACGCUGAUCUCGAUUAUCACGAGCUACUACCCCGGCGUGUCCGACCAGCACCUGCGGUCAGCCUACCAGCGUCUCGAUCAGCGUCCGCCGGGGGUGCCGAGUUCGCGCGACAGUCUCCAGCACGCGCUGGCGGACUACGUGCAGCUGUAUUUCCUGCUCGACGUCUCGCGCGAGGACGUGCUCGGGUCUGUGUUUGCGGGGAUGAGGCCUGCGAUCCGGUCGCGCACGAUGCUGAGUAAACCGCUCAAAGUCCGUUUCGGCACGGGCGAGGACGGCGUCGAUCAUGGCGGAGUGCAGGUCGAGCUGUUUAGGACGAUCGGGCGGAUGCUGUGUGAUCCCGACUACGGGCUGUUUGAGAUCGACCCGGAUAGUCAGCGGGCGUGGUUUAAUAAGGGGUUUUUCGAUGAUGUUGACCGGUUUGAUGUGGUGGGCACGAUCGUGGCGUUGGCGGUUUAUAAUGGAUGUACGAUCAGCGUCUCGUUUCCAAAGGCGAUGUAUAUGAUGCUGCGGGGGGAGUUUCCCACUCAGCUCGAUGAAAUCAAGGAUCUCUUUCCUAGCCUCUACCAUGGACUGAAGGCAGUGCUGGAUUAUAAAGGCGACGUGUCAGAGCUGGAACUAGUGUUUGAGUACACCUACCAAACAAUGGACCGAACCAUCACCGUCCCGAUGCGCGAGAAGCCAACCCGCGUGACGAACACAAACAAGGCCGACUACGUGAAAGAGUACAUCCACUGGGCGACGUUCGGCACGAUUGAGCCGUUCGCCGACGCGUUCAAGCGCGGCUGGAGCAGGCUGAUUCCGGACUGCGUGACCGACAUGUUUGAGCCCGACGAGUUGAUGGAGCUCGUGCAAGGGCGGGAGUGGGACGCGGCCGAGUUCUCGGUCGCGGAGCUGAAAGAGGUCGCGCGGUAUGAGGACGGGUACACGGAGGACACGCAGGUGAUUAUCUGGUUCUGGGACGUGGUCGGCAAGUUGAGCGAUGGGGAGAAGCGGCAGUUGCUCGAGUUUGUGACGGCGUCGGAUAGAUUACCUGUGGUGGCGGGGAUUUCGGGCGUGCGGUUCGUGAUUCAGCGGAACGGGCCUGAUUCGGAGCGGUUGCCGACGUCGCUGACGUGUUUCGGGAGGUUGCUGUUGCCGGAGUAUAGUAGUCGGAAGAAGGUGGAGCGGAUGCUGAAGACUGCAAUUCGGCAUUGUAAGGGGUUCGGGUUGGUUUAG